UCUUCGCAGUCGUCGCAUAUGCACACACAUAAUUACACACAUCUCAUCUUCGCGCGCCGCGAGCCGUUUGCUGGGCUUUUUUUCGCCUUCUGAUAUGUAUUAAUAACAUAAUAUACACAUUCAUUAUUUAGUUGGACCAUUUAGUUAAUGGUCAGUCAGUCGAUCGCUGUCUGCCGAAAGGAUAGCAACUCAGUUCGGGGAAAAGAAAAUCUAAACCGUCACUAAUCGUUGAUAGUGCGGCCGGAACUGUUCUAAACCGUGUUUCCUACCUUCUUUCCUGGAGGAGAAAGUAAGCUGUGAGGGAAAAGGAUUUUCGUCCUGUUGGGAGAAACUUCAUGGAUUUGGAGGUGCCUUGUGCGAAAAGAAUUCUUUUAAGUGCCAUUAAUUUUUGGAAAGAUUGCGACACAGUGCCAAUUAAUGAAUUGUGAUUUGAGGAUCAAGUGGUUUUAUUUCAAUUCCAAGGAAGAUAUUUUAUGAAAAAAAGAGUGCCUUUCAGGAUUGAAGAUAAAAUUCAUCAAGCCGUGCUGAGAUUCAUACAAAUAAAAAACAACGAAAAAUUGUGCAAAACGAAAUUGAAUAAUCGAAGCAUAGCGAAGAGAUUAAAUCGAAAAUUACAAACCAGAAAAUAAGAAAGGAGUUGCCGUUUCUAAUCGAAGCUGGAUUCAUCGUAAAUGGAAAAUUACUAUCAUUUCGCAAGCUAAUGCCAGUGUGUGUAGUGGAAACAGGAUCAAAGCAGUAAAAAAACGAGCCGAGUGUAAUUUAUCUCUAAAACCUACACCGUGGUGCCUGGUUAAGUGCAAGCGAAAGCGGAUUGUGAAGCGCCAAAGUUUCUGUGCAAGGAUAUUCUUUGGCUUGAACCUGCGUGGAAGAAGCCUCGAUUGCCCAAAGGCAUAGUGAAUUGAAAAUUGAAUUUUUGGAUAUCGUUAACAACCGAAGGGACUUGCAUCGGAUACUUCGUUGUGGUGUUGCUGCUUACGGUGAUUCUUUUUUAUCUUCGGCGAUUCUAAAAGAUAAUGCUGGCAGAGUGAUUGUCGACGACGAGUCCUGAUCGAUUCGAUUAGAUCUGCGAGAGACCUCUUCGGACCGCAAAACCAAAUGCCUUUAUGAUAAAGGGGGCACAUCGAGCCGGCAACCAGUGCCCAUCCACCAUCCCCCUUCGUCGACACUUUUAUGGACGCUUUCGAUAGACGACGAUAGCACCUUUAGCAGCAGUCAAUAUGAGAUAUUUACAGAUAGUAGUAUUUAUUGUAGUUUACCACAUUAGUUUAUCCCAAUCAAGGCGGUUUGGCUUCCGCCGACACAAACGACAGUAUGGCAGUAAUCUCUACUUACCGGAGAGCUAUAUAAUUCCGGGUGGCGAUGACUCGCCGGACGACCAGUGGGGACCGUGGAGUUCCCCGUCGGAAUGUUCGCGCAGCUGCGGUGGCGGAGUGGCCCACCAGACUCGAGAGUGUCUCAACACGAGUCCAGAUGGUCAGCCACUGUGCCGAGGAGGCAGCAGAAAGUAUUUCUCCUGCAACAUACAGGACUGUCCGGAAGGCGAACUGGACUUCCGGAAGCAGCAAUGUUCCGAGUUCAACAGUGUUCCUUUCGAGAACCACCGGUACCAGUGGGUGCCAUACACGAAAGCUCCGAACCCUUGCGAGCUCAACUGUAUGCCCAUUGGGGAGCGAUUCUACUACCGCCACAAAGCGAAGGUAACCGAUGGUACCCGGUGUAAUGACGAAUCCUUCGAUGUCUGCGUCGACGGAACUUGUCAAGCAGUUGGAUGUGACAUGAUGCUCGGAUCCAACGCCAAAGAGGACAAGUGCCGAACCUGCCAGGGAGAUGGAAGUGGUUGUAAAACUGUUACUGGACUUUUGGACGCCAAUAAUCUUCAAGUUGGCUACAACGAUCUCUUGUUGAUCCCAUCGGGAGCAACUAACGUCGCAAUUAGCGAACGCGGCCCAUCCAACAAUUACCUAGCUAUUCGAAACCUGACGGGUUUCUACCAUCUGAACGGCAACUACCGUAUCGACUUUCCACGAGCGAUCCACUUCGCUGGAAGCGAUUGGCAUUACGAACGAAGGCCGCAAGGUUUUGCUGCUCCCGAUAAGUUGACCUGCCUAGGACCAACCAGCGAAGCCGUCUAUUUGGUCUUACUGUCUCAAGACCGCAACGUCGGGGUAAGCUACGAAUACAGCGUACCCUCCCAGGCCGCGCCAGUUGACGAGCCAGACACCUAUUCGUGGACCUACACGCCAUACGAACCGUGUUCGGCAAGUUGCGGCGGUGGAAUUCAGCACAGGAACGUGACCUGCAAUAGUCGAACGACUUUGAAACAAGUUGAAGAAGGUUUAUGCGACGCAACGGCACGACCGGCCGAGUCGCAGAAAUGUGCACUGGAAGCAUGCCCACCACAAUGGAGUGAAGGACCAUGGAGUAAUUGUUCCAUGCCGUGCGGAAGCGAAGGCAAGCAAACUCGAGAUGUGCACUGCGAACAAGUAAACGCUGAAGGAGUUUCGGAAAAGGUUGAGGACGCCGUCUGUCUAGAACACGUAGGCAACAAGCCAGCUACAGAGCAGGAGUGCAACCGAGGAACCGUCUGUCCGGAGUGGUACGUCAGCAAGUGGACUCCUUGCAACAAAUUGUGCGGCGAAGGCGAACAAUCACGGAAAGUGAUCUGCUAUCGGAAGGAAGACGGACGCAUCACGGUGUUAGACGACUCGGAAUGCGUUACCGAUAAACCGGAAGAAAAGCAAACCUGUAUGCUGCGACCUUGCGAAGGCGUCGACUAUAUCGCUUCGUCGUGGAGUGGGUGCGAAGAGUGUGGCUCGAUGGUGGAAACUCGAACGGUGUACUGCGCUUCCAAGUCGGGAACGGUAUAUGACAACAAGUUCUGCGCGAACCGUGAAUUGCCGGAGCUGAAACGCGAAUGCAAGUCAACUCCUUGCGAGUACCAAUGGUUUACGUCCCAGUGGAGCAAAUGUUCCGCUGUUUGCGGUAAUGGUGUACAAACGCGAUCGGUGGUAUGCGGAGUGUUCGACGGUCAGUCGUUGAAGCGUGCGGACGAUGACUAUAAGUGUGAUGCGGCAUUGAGGCCAGAGAAUGAGAGAGAAUGUGAGGGACCGGCAGAGUGUCCCGGACAAUGGUUCACUGGACCGUGGACGGAUUGCUCUAAGGCGUGUGGUGGAGGAUUUAUGUCUAGAAAGGUAUUAUGCAUUGCAAACGGAAGUGUAGUGGCUGAGACUAACUGCAAGGUGGAUACUAUCGAGUUGAGUACAGAGUCGUGUAAUAGUCACGACUGCACAGAUGACGAAAUCAUUCCGGUGGAUGUGACAAGCAAGCCAUUGGAAGAGGAUGAUUAUGACGAUGAAGAAUGGUGCGAAGAUGAGGACGAAGAGGCAACCGAGUCGCCUGAUGAUGUUCUAAUGGUUACCGAUGAUAGUACACUUGUUGACGGUGUUGAUCUGGAAUCCACACAGUUCACAACGGAGUCUUCGCUUGAGACCGAUGAAAUGAUGCUGAGUGAUGCAACUGGAUUUGAAACUGGCGCAACUGAAGUCGAUACAGCAACGGAUGUGUCUACUAUUGAAGGAUCUGGAUUUGACAUUGAUGUUCGUCUCGGAGAAUCGGUCUCACCUGCAACAGGGGAGGGAUCAGGUGAUGAUGAAGAGAUAACUACGGAAGCAGUCGAUGCGUCAAGUGACGCGUCGGAAGCAACUGCUUCUUCAGAUAGUGUUUCGGGUGGCCCAACAUUGGAAUCGCUAUCAUCGAUUAAGGAAACUUCAGCAACUAGUACUGAGUCUUCAAGAAUUGGUGCCUCUGACACAACUGCCGUUUCUAUUGAAGCAUCGGCUUCAACCGAAGCUGCCACCGAAGGCAGUAGUAUUGCAUCUUCUACUGAAGGCGCUUCAUCCUCCAGUUCAGCUGAUACGACAACCGAAAGUUCAUCAGUUAGCAGCAUAUCCGAUACAACCGUUGAAAGUUCUAGUCCAUUCAGCUCAUCCGAUUCAACGGAUUCCAGUUCAACAACUGAAUCUUCUUCAUCAACUGAGUCAUCUGCCGCUUCUUCAGAUGCAUCUACUACUGAAACAUCAUCGGGAACUACCGCCGGCUCAAGUGCCGCAUCAUCUGAAGCUGAGAGUACUACAGCAGAAUCCUCUACCGAGUCGUCGACAGAUUUAUCAACGGAUGAUGAGAUCAUCGAAGACUUCUCAACUGAGAGCUCCACCCCUGCCGCAGAAGGCAGCACAGAUGCAUCUGAUAUUACCGACUCAUCUGAUGUUACUGAAGCUACUGAUGCUUCUAGCUCAACCGUUCAAGGCUCAAGUACAGAAUCAUCUGAUGCAACGACGAUUAUGGAAGAAACUCAAUCCACUGGUCCAACGGAAUCCACCGUUACCGAAGAAACAGUUUCUACGCAAGAGUCAUCUAGUACUGAAGCUGUUUCAACCGUGUCCUCAGUCAGCGAUGCAUCCGAAUCGAGUGAAGCAUCUACUGAAAGUUCAACAGACGUUAGCGAUUCGUCAACGGAUUCGAGCACCGAUGUGGAAAGUAGCACUUUCGAUAUCUGGGUUCGAGAAGGAGGAGAUGCUGACGAUGAAUCUAGCACGCCUUAUACACUCACCUCGAUUAUAUCGAAGGAACAGAAACCAAGAAAAUGCAAGCCAAGGCCAAAAACGCCACUUUGUGCGAAGUCCAAGUUCGGAUGCUGUCCGGAUGGAAAAACCAAAGCAGCAGGACCGUUCGAUGAGGGAUGCCCGGUACCAGAAACGUGCAAGGAAACCAAACAUGGCUGCUGCCCCGAUGGCGUAUCACCGGCGAAGGGCCCCAAAAAUAGAGGCUGCCCGAAAUCGGAAUGUGCCGAGACACUGUUCGGUUGCUGUCCAGACAAGUUUACCCCGUCUGAGGGUAACGACUUUGAGGGAUGCCCAGUGGAAACCACAACUGUGGCCGGUUGUGUGCUUAGCAAGCAUGGUUGUUGUGCUGAUGGGGUUACCGAAGCCAAGGGACCGAAUUAUAAGGGAUGUCCAGGAGUUAAGGAGCCAGAGGAAGAAAAACCCGCAGAAGAAGUUACGGAAACUCCGGUGGAAGCUGGAUGCGCAGCUUCGACUUAUGGAUGUUGCCCUGAUAAUGUUACUGAAGCAACGGGACCGAACGAAGAGGGAUGUGCUUCAUGUGUCAAAGAGCCGUUUGGAUGUUGCCCGGAUGGUAAAACGCCAGCUCACGGUUGGAGCAGGGAGGGAUGCUGUUUGGAGACGCCUUAUGGUUGCUGCCCAGAUAAUAUCAACCCAGCUCGCGGUCCAAGUUUGGAAGGCUGCGGAUGCGAGUAUUCGCCAUAUGGAUGCUGUCCAGAUAAUAAGACGUCUGCUAGAGGCCACGACAACAUGGGUUGCGGCUGUCAGUAUGCUGAAUUCGGGUGUUGUCCAGAUAAGGAAACUGAGGCCGAGGGACCUGACUUCGCCGGAUGUCCAUGCCAUGCGUUCCAAUUUGGAUGCUGUCCAGAUGGAAUCACUGCCGCCAAGGGACCACACAAUCAUGGAUGCCACUGCUCGUACAGCGAGUUCAAGUGUUGCUCGGACGGACAAACAGCUGCGCAGGGACCAAACUUUGAAGGAUGCACAUGUGCUACCAGCAAGUACGGUUGUUGUCCGGAUGGUGUCAACGAAGCCCAAGGAAACAAAUUUGAAGGUUGCGAACUGGUACCCGAGUCCCCGCAGAAGGCUUGCGUCCUCAAGAAGGACAUGGGAACCUGUCAUAACUACACAGUCAAGUACUUCUUCGAUGUGGAAUACGGUGGCUGUGGAAGAUUCUGGUAUGGUGGAUGCGAUGGAAACAAGAACAGAUUCGACACAGCUGAAGACUGUAAGAAUGUUUGCGAAAUGCCCGAUGGAAAGGACAGAUGUCAGCUCCCGAAGAUUACCGGACCGUGCACUGGAUACUACCCGAUGUGGUACUACGAUACGGAUAGGAACACGUGCGCUCAGUUCACGUACGGUGGAUGCUUGGGUAAUGCCAAUCGGUUCGAAACGCUUGAAGAAUGCAAGGGCACCUGCGUGGUUGACGAUGCGAUGCCACCUUGCGAUCAACCAAUGGAAGCUGGACCAUGCAAUGGAACAUUUGCACGUUGGUACUACGAAAAGGCGCGUGAUGCUUGCGAACCAUUCCUUUACGGCGGCUGCAAGGGCAACAAGAACAACUAUCCAACGGAGAGUUCCUGCAACUACCAUUGCAAGAAACCUGGAGUUCACAAGCCGAGCUGCACAAUGCCAAUGGAGGCUGGCAGUUGUGAUGGCAAGCUGGCCCGUUGGCACUUUGCCAGGGACGAUAAUAAAUGCAUGCCCUUCUACUACACCGGUUGUGGUGGCAAUCAUAACCAGUUUAUCUCGCUGGACCAGUGCGAAGAGCAGUGUCCACCGAAGGUCGAGAAGGACGUCUGCUUCUUGCCUGCGGAAAUUGGAGAAUGUCAGAACUAUACUGCCCACUGGUACUUUGAUACGAAAGAAUCUCGCUGCCGACAGUUCUACUACGGUGGGUGCGGCGGAAACGGAAACAACUUUGUCGAUGAACAGGCUUGUGUCAACCGUUGCGUCCAGGGUGAAGCAAAGGCACCAGAACCUGCCCAGCCUGAGCAACCCACUCAAAGAGAAGAAUUUGACAGUCGGUAUUGCUUCCUUGACGUGGACUCCGGUGACCGAAGCUGUCAGCAAUACGAACGCCGGUACCAUUAUGACCGCAGUUCGGGAAUCUGCGUGGACUUUACGUACACCGGUUGUGGUGGAAAUCAGAACAACUUUGAACGAUACGACGAAUGCGAAAGUGCUUGCGGAAGUGUUGAGGAUGCUUGUACACUGCGACCAUUCUACGGACGGUGUGAAGAAAAUGAGACACGAUGGUACUACGAUCAGCGCAGCCAACGGUGUCACACAUUCACGUUCAGUGGAUGCCAAGGCAAUGCAAACAACUUCUACACGGAACAGGACUGCGAACGACAAUGUAGGACAGCACCGGCUCCUCCGCCAGAACAGGAACGAGAACAAGAGCCAGAACGCCCAGCACAGCCGACUGAAAAUGUUUGCGAUGAACCGUACGAAUACGGCACCGGAGACCAUCCGGAUAUCGUAUACGUGUUCAACAAGGAACGCUCGUUGUGCGAACAGAAUUAUUAUAGCGGAGAAGGUGGCAAUGGAAACCGUUUUGGAUCGCAAGAGCAGUGUGAACGGCAAUGCGGAGAAUAUCGAGGAGUCGAUGUUUGUCAGGAUGCCAAGGAUGCCGGACCAUGCGAAGAAGCCAUUCCGAGAUUCUACUACGAUACGCGAACGAGAGCAUGUCAUCCAUUCAACUACAGCGGCUGCGAAGGCAAUGGAAACCGAUUUGCUACCGCGGAAGAGUGCGAAUCGACUUGCGUGGAUAAGCAUGAAAUUAUCGUCCAAGAUCUGUGUACCCUUCCUCCCCGAAUUGGCCUCUGCAGUAUCUCCGAGGAAACAAACUACCAAAAACGUUGGUACUACGACUCGGAUCGGGAAACUUGUUUUGCAUUCAUCUACAGCGGAUGCGACGGGAAUGGAAAUAAUUUCCACUCAUACGAUCAGUGUCGCAUGUAUUGCGACGCUGAUAUUGCCAGGUCCAACGAGGAGCUCGCAAACGAAGUCGAUCCUUGCGAGAGCUACAACGAGGAGUGCCGGCAGAUCCAUUGUCCCUACGGUAUUGCCCGAUCGUACGAUCCAAACAACGAUUGUGAACGAUGCUCUUGCGAAGAGCCUUGUGCUGCCGUGCGAUGUCCGGCUGGAACUGAAUGCGCCGUGGAUCUGCAGAGCGACUACCGAGAUGGAGCCACGUUUGUCGCUAUUUGUCGACCUACCAGCAAAGAAGGCGAAUGUCCUCGAUUGGCUAACGCAACGGUUUGUCAGGAUGCUUGCCGAACGGAUGCCGACUGUCGCAGUGAUAACAAGUGCUGCCAAGCUGGAUGUGCUACGGUUUGUGUUCCACCUGUAGAGCCACCAGCGGAGCCCGUUCCGUCCUAUCCAACAGGAGAAGCCGCGGCUCCAGGCCUUGAGACCGUACCCGACGAAGAUCUGGACAUCAAAUCAGAGGAGGGCGGCAUUGCAACGUUGCGAUGCUACGCUACUGGAUUCCCACCGCCAUCGAUACGUUGGAAGAAGGGAGAAGUUGUCUUGAACACCAACCAAGGUCGAUUCGUACUGACUUCGAGCGGGGAUCUACAGAUCGUUCAGCUACAUCGCACUGACAGUGGAACAUAUGUGUGUAUUGCCGAUAAUGGCGUUGGCGAACCAGUGUUCAGAGAGGUCAAACUCCAGGUCAACGACCCUGUCCCGAGGGAUGCCUACAUCGUGGGUGACAGUAACGCUACUCAGGUGGUGGAAUUGAAUGAACCGGCGUCGCUUCGCUGCCCGGCCGGUGGCUAUCCGAAACCAAUCGUAACAUGGUGGAGGGAAACCUUUAUGAUGCCAAUAAAGCUAAUCAAUCGUGACUACUCCCUUCAAUUCACUCGUGUGCGACUGUCCGACUUGGGUUCCUAUGUGUGUCAAGCCUACUCCGGUGCCGGUAAGGGUAUUUCCCGAACCGUAACGCUGAAGGCUUAUGGUCCCGUCCAAAUUGCCGAUCCGGUAGAUGAGAAAUAUCUCCGCUACAUUGUCCACACCCGUCCUACUCACGCUCCUACCUACAGACCUAGGCCUGUCCCCCCUCAAUAUCCUCGCCCAACUCCACCGGUAGUCCACACGCCUCCUCCUCCACCAGUGUAUGUCCCUGAACCAGUACCGGUAUCGGCCCGUCAAGAUCUACCGUACGGAACACAGUUUGCCCCUAACAGUAACAUCACCAUCGGUUGUAAGGUCGAUGGCUACCCGCGACCCACGGUAAAUUGGUACAAGGACGGCCGAAUUGUGGAACCCACCAACCGUAUCUACAUCGAAGACGACCACACACUGAACGUAUUUGGGGCCCUCCCGUCGGAUUCGGGAUCGUACAAAUGUCUAGCACGGAACGAACACUCCGAAGCGUUCGAGGAAAACACCAUCCGGGUGGAAGGUGUGUACAUCCCGGCCGGGUGCACGGACAAUCCAUUCCUGGCCAAGUGCGCGCUGAUCGUGCAGGCUCGCUUCUGUAAUCACAAGUACUAUGCACGAUUCUGCUGUAAAUCUUGUACGCUAGCAGGACAGCUACGCCAUUAAGGGUGGAAGUUAAUCGAAUCGAAACGAAUUUGUUUGUGGGCUGCAUGUGAGUGAUGGACCGAAUGUGUGAAUCUGCUGCUUUCAGUGUAGUUUUCUGUUAGUUCUAGACUUCAGUAGCAUUUAAUUCCUGUACCCAAACUAAGUUAAAUAGUCCUCAACACAAGCUUACGUGGAAUAUACAAACGAAAUUUCCAAAGCUAAUGUAACUGGUUUCACUCCGUAGAGUUUCAUUCUUUCCUAGCUGCUAGGUUGAACCAAUCGUUAUCGUAUACCAUCACCUCCACACUCUCAUCGCUUCUAACUUAUGGUGCAGAGAGAAAACGCUAAAAAACCAAAUUCAUUAGGUCUUACUAGUAAUCUUUAGCUUUGUCCUCUUAAGUUUAAAAUCCUAUGCUAAGUCAAACGAAACUUUCCAGUAAAUGCAUUUAACCGCUAUUUGGGUUAUCUCCUCAAAUUUAUGGGUUUUGAUCCCUUCCUCCGUUUUAUAAGUUUCCAUCUAAUGAUAAGGCUUCUGUUUUAAGGAUCUGUUGAAAAUGCUCGCCAGAAAUAGAGCAAACCGCAUAAGUCGAACAUUGUGUACAUAUUUAUUGGUAUAGUGAAACGAAUAAACUGGAAGUAUUCAAGAUCUGCCAUGAGCGAGUAGUCGCUUCUGUUAUGCUAGGUAGAUGUUACGCUGCUUCUCUGUACGGUAAAAUAAAUUGAAACUAAUAAAUGCAAAUCAUGAACAGUAAUGAA